CCGCCGGCUCGAUGAAUGUUCGUGAACGCUGCUGGUGCGCCGUCCGUCCGGUUCAUUUGUUCAUCCGUCGCCGUCCUUCAGACACCGUCGUCGUCGUCGUCGUCGUCGCAUUUGUCUUUUAUAUUCACGAGUAUACCGCCGCCGACCAACAGAAAAAUGGUUUUAAUUCUUGAAAAACCAGCUCCGCAAUUCAAAGGAACUGCUGUUGUAAAUGGAGACUUUAAAGACAUUUCAUUAGAUUCUUACAAAGGAAAAUAUGUUGUCUUAUUUUUCUACCCUUUGGAUUUCACCUUUGUAUGCCCAACUGAAAUAAUUGCAUUCUCUGACCGUGCUGAUGAAUUUGCUGCUAUUAACUGCCAGUUGAUUGCUGCUUCAUGUGACAGCCACUUCAGUCAUUUGGCUUGGGUUAAUACUCCUCGUAAUGAAGGUGGCUUAGGCAAAAUGAAUAUUCCUUUGUUAGCUGAUAAAUCGGCUUCAAUUGCCAAGGACUAUCAGGUUUAUAAUGAAACUACUGGAAUUCCUUACCGUGGUUUAUUCAUCAUUGAUGACAAAGGAAAUUUGAGACAAAUUACGAUUAAUGAUCUGCCGGUUGGACGUUCUGUUGAUGAAACUUUGCGUCUUGUUCAAGCAUUCCAAUUCACUGAUAAAUAUGGAGAAGUAUGCCCUGCUAACUGGAAGCCUGGUAGCAAGACCAUUAACCCAGCCAAAUCUCAGGAAUACUUCAAAACUGUUCAAUAAUUGUGUUACAAUUAAUUUAACAUAUUCUUUUCAACAUGAAUUAUAAUUUUAAUGUACUUUUUCA